UCUCAAACAUUUUUAUAUUGACUGUCGAACAGAACACGCACGCACGUACAACGAAGUUUAAACUUUAAUACACACAGUAAAAACACAGAAGAAACAAGAAAAAGUUUAAAUUAACAUUUAAAAUAAAAGAAAAACAUUUUAAAAAUCACAAAAUAAUUAUAAAUAAGUUUUAACGGUAAAGUUUUUUGACUACAAAAUAAACAAGAUUCCAAUGUAAGUUCACAAAAUGACUGCAGAAAACUAUCAUCUUAAAUGGGAUUCGCAUUUAUCCUACUUGAAUUCAUCGGUUGCAACAUUAUACAAAAAUGAAAAAUACGCAGAUGUUGUCUUAUAUAGUUCCAAUACUACUGGAUCUAUUGCUAACGCCAUGCCUACUGUUGGUAUAUCAGCCCAUAAAUUUAUUUUAAGUUCAUGUAGUCAGUUCUUUUCCACCAUUUUUGAAACCUCGCCCAUAACCAAUAAUGGCAUAUGUUAUAUUGUACUCCCACCUGAUUUAAGUCAUCGUGCCAUUCAAAUAUUGGUGCAGUACAUGUAUGUGGGCGAGGCCACUGUAUCGAAUGAUAUAUUGAGUGAGGUUUUGCGAGGUGGCGAAAUCUUAAAGAUUCGUGGUCUAUGUCGUACCUCUACGAACACCACGUCCAAUUCGACUGUACAACAACCGCAACAAAAUCGAAAUAUAGACAACCAAUCGUCAGCAAAUCCAUCAUCGUCUUACAAUCUUACCCGUAUGCCAAUGAAUAGUGGACCCACUUCAGUAAGAUACUUAAUGGAACAACAACAGCAACAGCAUUCACGGGGUUUAGGCGCUUCAGUAAUGCCCAAAGACAGCCCAGUUAUAAUAAAGUCGCCGAAGCCGUUGAGUACAUUAGCUUCCUCAACCGCUGGAGUAACGAAACCACCUUCAAGUGGCAUAACUGUAAAUAAACAGGUGGCUAUAGAUCCGGGUGAUUAUUCCCAGGAUUCGCUGCCCACAAAUACCGGUGUAAGUGAAGCUCCUUCUUCCAUAUGCAAUGAAAUUGGCUGCAAUAGUUGUCCACGUGUGGCUGACAAUCUUCAGCCUUUGAUUUUACGAAGAGAACGUAGUCAAAGUGAUGAUCCAACGGUUUUGUGUCGAAAAUCUUGUUUAGACAGAUGUGAAGAACAGAACUAUUUACGGCAUACAUCCAAUGAUUGUAGAGAUGAGGAAGAAGAAGAGGAUUCAUCUCGCAUAUACGAACAUGAAAUGCGUAGAUCCAGUCUUCCAGCUGAACGUUCGGAUAUUAUUCAUGACUAUGCCGUUACAGAACACUAUCCAAAUCAUAUCUCUCAUAUAGCGCACACCAAACAUAGCAUCAUACGUGAAAAUGUAGUAGGUGGCGGAAUAGAGGGCGUCGGAGGCGGUGGGAGUGUGAAUGAAAUUGGUCGUUUAGAUUCACCUACUAACCAUAUACAACAAGAACCCACACCAUUUGUCACUAUUAAAGAGGAACCCACUGAUUGGUUACCUUCAUCCUCUUCUGCACUAACGCAUCAAAACAAUGUCGAGUCUUCAAGUAAAAUUAUUAGUAAAGUUGAAAAUUUUCAAGCAACUCAUAUAAAAACUGAAACAUCUCCUUCUUCCUCCAUCCAUAAUAUGGAAAACGAUUGUCGCCAAUUAUUGGCUCCAGCUCCAUCUUCUGUUCUACAACCACCGAUAGUAAAUGAUUUCGAUCGGUACUUUUCCUGUGACAUUUGUAAUAAAACGUGUGAGGAUAAAGCCUCACUAGUGCGACAUUUGGAAACGCAUACAGCAACUCCAUGUUCGUCGGGUUUCAAUGCCUCCACCAGCAGUGAAGCUCCCACGCUUUCAAAAUCCUAUGUGCCAAAAAAGAGACGACGAAUAUCGCAGCAGGAAAAUACAACUGAUCAUGUCUGUUUGCAAUGCGAUCUUUGUACUACGCGUUUUGAAACACCUGCUGAAUGGGUGCGUCAUAUGAGUAGUCAACAUACUGAAGUCGAAUUGGCCAUGUUUAAUAAUAAAAAAGAUAAAGAAAAAAAUAGUUCAUCUACUUCAUCCAGUAACAACCAUAAAAAGCUAAACUCCAGUCGUCAACCACAUCAGCAGCAGCAACAACCGCAACAUCCAAGAACACAAGUUUUAAAUGGCAGCACAAAUUCCAAUUUAUCUAACAGUACUUCCGUUUUAUGCACUUCACCAAAUCAAACAAGACACGAGGCCUCAACAGUUACAGAUUAUUUAAGAUCAACCUUAUCCCCAGCUUAAUAUAGCAGAGGUGGCGUAACAACUUAUGAUCAUUUUAUAAACGAGGCCUAUACACCAAAACCAAAAAGAAACAAAAUUUAAUCAAAAUUACGAUUAUGUGUUGAAAGAUCGAACGAAAUCGUUAAACGAAUUUUAAAGGAAUGAAACUUAAAGAAAUGAAUACAAGACAACGCUUCAUUAAUACAUAAAUGAACACAAUUUAAAACAAAAUAUUUAUUAGAUUUUAAAAUAAAAGUCCUUCGACAUUUUUCUUCAAUAUUUUAA